AUGACCUUGACUUCAUCUUCCACUAUCAGCGAACAUGUCGGGAGCCAGAAACUCCGCAUCGUCAUCAUCGGCGCCGGCCUCAUCGGUCCCCGCCAUGCGCAGUCUGUGCAACGACACCCAUUAACCCAGCUGCUCGCCUUCGUCGAUCCUUCGCCCUCUGCUAUCCCGAUCGCUGAGUCGUUUGGUGUGCCCUGUUACCCUUCUCUUGCGGAGUUAUUGGACUCCAAGGACCCAAGACCCGAUGCGGCAAUCGUCGCUACGCCAAACCACACGCACGUCGAUGUCACGAUCAAACUGCUAGAAACCGGCAUACGAAACAUCCUCCUCGAGAAACCGAUUAGUGAUGACCUUGACUCCGCCGAACGCCUCCUCGCCGCCCUCAAGAAGCACGAAAAUGGCAACGAGAAUGCCAAACCCAACAUCCUCAUCGGCCAUCACCGGCGCUUCAACCCCUACGUCCGCACCACAAAGACCCUGUUGAACGCGAACUCCCUUGGCACCAUCAUCGCAGUCAACGGUCUCUGGACGCUCCUAAAGCCCCCGUUGUACUUCGCGCCCCCAAUCGGCUCCUGGCGCGCAGAUAAGAACAAGGGCGGCGUGCUAGGGAUAAACCUGAUCCAUGAUAUCGACGUUCUGCAAUUCCUAUUCGGACCUAUAAGUCGUGUGUACGCUGAGCCUACAAAGCCACAACGUCAAGAGAACAAUCCAGAGCAUACAGCUGAGGAAGGCUGCGCGGUGACACUGCGCUUUCAGUCUGGGAUUGUAGGGACGUUCCUCAUCUGCGAUGUAACGCCGUCGCCGUUGAACUUUGAGACGGGGACGGGCGAGAACCCGACUAUCCCGCCUGUUUCUUCUGGGAGUGCGAGUGAUUGUUAUCGGAUUUUUGGGACGAGGGGGAGUUUGAGUGUGCCUGAUAUGACAAGGUGGAGUUAUGAUCAUGUUUCUGCUGACGAUGGGGGAGGGAAGGAGAAGGGGUGGAACCAGGAGCUUGGUGUGCAGAGGAUGCCGGUUGAGGGAGGUGAUGAGCGGCCGUUUGAUAGGCAAUGGGAGUAUUUCGUUGAUAUUUUGCACGGUAAGAAGGUGGGUGAGGAGGUGGGAUGUAGUGUUGAGGAUGGGGUGAGGGCGCUCAGGGUUGUUAGGGCUGUUAGGCAGAGUAUGGAAGGGAGUGGGCCUGUCGAUGUGCAAGUCGAUUGA